AUGGUGGGUAUUUCGCCAAAGAAGCAGUACGAGCUUAUCACUCGAGGUAUAGAAGAGACCAUUGGAGGCGAUGCGCUUCUCAAAAUUUUAGAGGAGCACGAGCGCAACGUCAAAUGCUAUUGGGGCACGGCGCCGACAGGUCGACCGCACGUCGGCUAUCUCGUACCGCUGACCAAACUUGCCGACUUUUUGCGUGCAGGUGUCACAGUCAAGGUGUUGUUUGCAGACAUUCACGCAUUUCUGGACAAUAUGAAAGCGCCUAUUGAACUGGUAAAGCACCGUGCGGAAUACUACCGCCAAAUUUUGAUUGCUGUGAUGAAAGCCAUUGGCGUGCCCACAGACAGUCUUGAUUUUGUGCUUGGGUCUUCUUACCAGCUCUCGGAACAAUACAAUUUUGACGUGUACCGCCUUUCCGCUUUUGUAACAGAGCAUGAUGCAAAGAAAGCAGGCGCUGAAGUGGUGAAACAAGUUGCCAAUCCGCUUCUUAGCGGCCUCUUGUACCCCGGACUCCAAGCGCUCGACGAGCAGUACCUGGAUGUCGAUUUCCAGUUUGGCGGAAUUGAUCAGCGCAAGAUCUUUAUGUUUGCUGAACAGUACUUGCCUAAGCUUGGCUACUCCAAGCGCUCGCACCUGAUGAAUGCAAUGGUUCCGGGCAUGAAUGGCUCCAAAAUGUCGUCCUCUGAUGCAGAUUCCAAGAUUGACUUCCUUGACUCCGCCGAAGAUAUUGCGAAAAAAAUCAAGGGUGCCUAUUGCAUGCCUGGCGAAGUGGAUGGCAAUGGUGUGCUUGCUUUUAUUCGCGCUGUGCUCAUGCCCAUUUCGCGCGUGCGGAACGAAGCCGUGCAAAUGGGCGAGACAUUGGACGAGGAAUGGGUGAAGCCGAUGGUUCCUUCAGACGCACCAGACGGCACCCUUUUCUAUAUCUCGCGCCCCGAAAAGUAUGGCGGAAGCCUGUACUAUGAUACCUAUGAGCAGCUCGAGCGUGACUUUAAGGAACAACAAGUGCAUCCGUCUGACUUGAAAAAGGCCGUUGGCGACGCUCUUUCGGCGUUGCUUGUUCCUGUGCAGAAUAUGCACGAGAAAGAUGAGACAUUCCGCAAGAUCAAGGCACUCGCGUACCCCGACGACGAACCCAAAGAAAAAAAGAAGAAAGUGGCCAAAGUCAAUCCAAAGUUUGCCCGUUAUGUACUUAUAUCGGAUGGCGGUCUAGCCAAGACGGAGGAGGAGGCCAAGGAGAAUGCGGAAGCGGAUGGUGUUUCUUACAAGCCCAAGAAAAAGCAAGGCAAGCCGCCGGCGCCGCCUACAGAAGCAGUUCAAAACCUGGACAUGAACAAGUAG